UCCUGCAAUAUCAAUUGUCCAUUUCUCUGUUCUAAGCGCCAAAUCAGACUGAGGCAAAUUCUCGGGAAUGGAUCUCCGACUCUCUGAUUCCUCCGGCGAACUACCUGAAGAUUUCAACUCCCUCUUCAUCAAUAUCAAUACCCUUCUCCUCUGCUCUCCUCCGAAACCCUAUUUCAACACGGUUCGCACUAAAAGAAGAGGGCAUGUCACUUUCUUUUCCACCUCCCUUUCCUCUCGGUCCCAAUGGCUCAAUUCCCCUUCCUUCGCCUCCUUUCCUCCAUCUCGAUCCCUCCACCGCUCCCUCUCCGUCCUGGAACGCGCCCUCAUCGGCGCCUCUGCGGGCGGCAUCGCCGGAGCUUUCACCUACGUUUGCCUACUCCCAAUUGACACCAUCAAGACCAAGCUCCAGACUCGCGGCGCUGCCCAGAUAUACGCCGGCGCCCUCGACGCCGCUCUCCAGACCUUCCGGAGUCACGGCCUCUUUGGCUUCUACCGCGGAGUCUCCGCCGUGCUCGUUGGCUCUGCUUCCUCCUCCGCUGUCUAUUUCGGCACAUGCGAGUUCGGAAAAUCCCUUCUCUCCAAAUUCUCCGCAUACCCUCUCUUUCUUAUCCCGCCGACUGCCGGCGCCAUGGGCAACAUAAUCUCCUCCGCCAUCAUGGUUCCCAAGGAGCUCAUUACCCAGCGGAUGCAGACUGGCGCAGCCGGCCGAUCCUGGGAGGUUGUUCUCAGGAUUCUUGAGAAAGAGGGCAUCAUGGGGCUGUACACUGGUUACUCUGCAACUUUACUCCGGAAUCUACCCGCUGGGAUUCUGAGUUACUCAUCGUUCGAGUACUUGAAGAGCUUCGUGUUGAGCAGGACGGGAAAUGCGUAUCUUGAGCCAGCACAGAGUGUUUUGUGUGGUGCAAUUGCUGGGGGGUUAUCGGCAUCGCUGACUACUCCUCUGGAUGUGGUGAAGACGAGGCUAAUGACGCAGGCUCAUGGGGAGGCUACGAAGAAGAUAUCAGAGACUGUGAGACAGAUAUUGAUGGAAGAGGGGUGGGCGGGACUGGCUAGGGGAAUUGGUCCUAGGGUUUUGCACAGCUCAUGUUUUUCUGCAAUUGGAUACUUUGCCUUCGAGACUGCGAGACUAGCUAUCCUUCAUCAGUAUGUGCAGCAUAGGGAGAAGCCUGUUGUUGAUGUGGUGGAGUAAUAUCCGAAAUGCCAUCAUUGUUCCGUAGAUGUAAUGCUUUAUGUUGUUCCGGUAAGUUUUUUCCAAUCAUCAAUACAGUAAUUUUGGCUUGAGUAAUGCUCAUGGAUGGUUUAAGUGGACAAUAUAUUAAUAAAAAAUCUGUUGGUGUGAAGCUACUUGCCCUCUUCCUGUUCGGAACUAAGUGGUAUAUAUGGGGGCAUGCUAUUUGGUUUAUCCUUUUGUAAUUGCAGAUAGCCAUUUAACGAAGAAACUAAAAGGUACAAAGAGGAAGCUUUAUGCCCUGUAUGGUUUGUUUUCGUUGAACAUAAUGGAAUCGCUGUAUCCAAGGAGCCUUUAUGUUGUAUUAUGUUUGAGAAGAAAUUCCAAUGAGAUGAUAAUAUGAAAAAAGGGGAUUUUUUUA